AUGAGUCAGUGGCAGCGGGUGGUGCCGGGCGGGGCACGAUGGGCGCUGGCUGUUGUCGUGCAGGGCUGUCCCCGACAGAGCCGACUGCCGGGCUUGGGGCGUGCCCUGGGGGUGGAUCAUCAGGCAGCUGCUGCCAAUUGGGGAGUGCAGAUGUUUCCCGAGGUCAUUACCGGCGAUGAGGAGGCGGUGCUGCUGGCUGCCAUUGAACGGCCCUUGCGGCGAAAGCGGUACAGCGGCGCGCACUUUGACGGCGCCAUCCGCGACUACCGAGAGAUAUUCAAGCAGGAGUGGCCAGCCGAGGCGCAGGAAAUUUUGGACCGAGUGCGAGCGCGACCGGAGCUGGCCGAGUUUGCCUUUAACCCGGCCGUGCACGUCCUUGACCUCGCCCCCGCAGGGGAGAUCUGGCCUCACGUCGACAGCAUCAAGCACGCGGGCCCGGUCAUUGUUGGCCUGAGUUUGCUCACCCAGGCUCGCAUGGAUUUUGCUCCGCAUGAAGGGGAUGAGGCACGCUUCCACUUUACACACGCCGUAACGGCCACGACAUCCACCUACGAGGGCAAUACGGUUGAACGCGACCGGCGCAUCUCCCUCUUAUUUCGCCAAGAGCCGAGCCCGGCGCAGCUAGAUCUCCACGACUAA